UCACGGAUAAUUAUUUAACGGCUACAGCUGUGUUCGAUCUAAGAAUCCAAUCAUCUCUAAUAAGUUGCACAUGGCUUUGUUUUGUUUAUAAUUUUUGUUACGAGUAUUACUGAAUAAAAUGGCGUAUGUGGCACUAAGUGAAGCUGAGAAAACAUUUAUUUUACAUGGCGUAGAGGAGGACUUUCGUUGCGAUGGUCGAUCGCGCCGAGAUUACCGCCCUAUGGAGCUGGAAACUGGUCUGGUUAGCAAUGCGAGUGGCUCCGCGCGAUUGCGUUUAGCCAAUACAGAUAUAUUAGUGGGCGUUAAAACAGAAAUUGAUGUGCCUAAUCCACUGACGCCGGAAUUUGGCAAAUUAGAGUUCUUUGUGGACUGCUCAGCCAACGCAACGCCUGAAUUUGAAGGACGUGGUGGCUCAGAUUUGGCACAGGAAUUAAUAUUGUCGCUACAGAAAGCGUAUGAAUCAUCAUUGGCCUUUGAUUAUCGCACAUUGUGUUUGAUACCUGGACAACAGUGCUGGAAGCUCUACAUAGACAUAUUGAUACUGGAAUGCGGCGGAAAUCUGCAUGAUGCCGUAUCAUUGGCUGCCAAGGCAGCGCUUUACAACACUAAAUUACCAAGGGUAACAGCUACGCUACUGGACGCUGGGGUAACGGACCUAAUUAUUUCGGAUAAUCCCUAUGAUUGCACACGCGUUGGCAUUGAUGCAGUGCCGCUACUAGUUACAGUUUGUAAGAUUGGCGACUAUUGCUUAGUGGAUCCCUCUGCUGAGGAGGAGGUCUGCAGCACUGUCAGUAUGGUGGUUGCUGUGUCUAUGCGGAAUAAUACAGCCUAUCUUUCCGGCACACAUAUGACUGGCGGCGGUUCCAUGCAUCGAGAAACAAUGCUGAACUGCAUCCAACUGGGUCUUUCCAUAGGCGAGCAGCUUAAUAGCUUGCUAGUCAAAAUGCUGAAAGCAGAAGAGCAGCGUGUGGGUCCCAAACGACCCAAAACUGUGGGAUUUCUUAAAUAAAACGCUUUAGAUUAUUGUAUGAAAA